AUGUCUUCCCGCACAUUGAGCGGCACAGCGGCGACGCCUCCCCCAGUAUUGCGUCGAAAUCGCCAGGUCAACCGUGGCAACACGAAACGCCGCGGUGCCAGAGCUGGUCCCACGAAUGAUCGACGUACUCUACGAGGUAGUUCGAACGUCCGACAAACUCGCCCUAGCGACACGGAGCAGGAUGGUGCAAAAAGCCAGCCUGGCCGAGCACUCCGGAAGGGAACAAUUCAGCAGACUCGCCCCUUCAAGUUUGAGAAGCAUCAACACAACUUGGUUCAGAGCGGCGGGAAGGAUGUGAAGGUUGAGACAAUUGAAGAAGCAGUCCAGCACGACAUUGCCGACACUCCAGAGCGACCGGCCAGAAAGAGGGCCAGAAGAUCGACUACAGGCUCCGAAAAGGUUACAACCAUGAGCUCAAAGAUUAGAAAGCGUCGCCGGUCGGUCUCUUUCGACGACUGCAGUGCAUCGACUAAGCUUUGCGGCACCACACAAAGUGAUCAUGCUCGAACAACAUUGCGAGUCUGGCUAGACGGUUUUCCUGGCGCUUCAACCCCCACCACACUUAGAGAUUGUGACGACUUGGAUAAGCUCAUUACCUUCGUUUUGAAAUCGUGGGAGUGGAGCUUCAAUGGCAGAGUGUUCCACUACGCCAUUGCUUCCUUCCCGUGGAUGAGUACCGAUUCGAACAUUUUGAUUCGACCAGGUCUGGAGGAUAGUUUCCGCAAGAUGCUUUGUGAGAUCGAGAAUUCACCAGUGUGGGCAGACCAGGGGCUCCAGGCGACAUGUGAAGUGAAAAUCACGGUUUACCUACAUACUCCGAACCACGAAUGGGGCUAA